AUGGAGGAAGAUCUCAUCCAGAGUUUUCAAGAAGUUGGGUAUAAAGGACCGCUGAUUGAUGUAGAAAAAUUGAGACAAGCAUUGGAUAAAGGUGCAAAGUCGGUGGAUUUCACGGGACUCGUGUCUUGGUUAACUAAACAACUGGCUUCAUUUGGGAAUUUAGAUGAAGAUGUGCAGCCGACAGCAUCUCCAGAAGAUUCUAGUACAUUUUUACUGGAGUUGAGUUCAUUUUUAAAAGAAAUUGGAUGUGUUAACUCGCAAUUAACUUCAGGAAAUGUUAAUCAAAGACUGGCUACUAAGCAAGAGAGGAUUUUGCUGUUGGAGUUUCUGGUAUUCGAGUUGAUGGCGAGUAAAAUAAAUUAUGAAAAAAAUCCUGAUACUAACAAAAUGCAGCUGACUAUUUAUGAAAGUGAUACGGCAAAAGCUUUGAAAAAUAUGAUGAUAGCUUUGCAAUUCGGCAAGCCACCAGAUAAUAUAUCAAUUGAUCAAUUGUUUAAAAAACUUGAAGAAAAAUUGAAGAUUGUCAUGUCUUCAGCGCCAACUGAUCUUCGCGGUAAGCCUUUGAUAAUAGGAGAGUUGUCAAAAUCUCAAUGGGAAAAAUUAGAUCAACUUCAAAAAGACAUGGAUGAAGAGUAUACAAUAAGAAGAGAGUUAUUGCUCAAACGAUUGGAUGUAACCAUUCGAUCAUUUUUGUGGUCAGACAGAAUUAAAAAAAAAGAAGACCAAGUAAACGAUUGCUAUCGUGAAAAGAGAAAAGUAUUGAAAACUGAGCCUAAUGUAACAAUUUCUGAGUUGCUUGCUGCUAGAGAUGAUGUUGCGAUUAUUGAAAAAACAAGCAACGCUUCUGUGAGAAAAAAUACCAGGAGCGAUGUAACUAAAGUUAUUAUUGGAGAUGUACCGGAUAGAGGAGGACGAACUAGCGAACAAGCACCUCCGCCACCGGAGAUGCCUUCGUGGCAAAAGGAUCGUGUUCAAGGUCCUGAUAGCGGUAGAGGAGGAAGAGGUGGACGUGGUGGCAGAGGAGGCGGUGGUGGUCAACGUGGAUUUGGUGACAGAGGAGGUGGCGGAGGUGGUGGACGAGGAGGAUACAAUAAGGAUACCAGUACUAACUUUGGUCAAAACAGAGACUGGCAGAAUUCAUCGCAAAAUACUGGUGGGUCUUAUCAAGACAAUAAAGGCGGAAAUUAUCAGAGCGGAGGUUAUCAAGGUGGUGGGUAUCAAAGAGGAGGCGGUGGUGGAUCUAAUUAUCAGAGUAAUAAAUCUGCAGACUAUCAGCAAAGAGGCGGUGGAAGUUCGAGCGGAGGAAGUGAAGCAUUUUAUCAAGACAAUCGAGGUGCCGGAGGUGGAUACCAAGAUAACAGAAACAGUGGAGCUUAUUUUCAGGAUAAUAGGGGUGGAGAUUAUCAACAAGGUGGUGGUGGUGGUGGUGGUGGUGGUAGUGGUCGAGAUAAUAAUAAUAGUGGUUAUAAUCGAGGCCGUGGUGGAAGAGUUCAAGGUGGAUGGUCUCAAGGAGGAGGAGGUGGAUACAACCGUGGUGGAAACCGAUCUCAUUACUGAGAUGUUAAACAAUGUACUCGAGCUUACGAAUGAAUUUUGUUUUUGCAAUACGUAAAAAUUGCUAUAAUAAAGACUUUAACUCUUUAGAAUAGAUCUUCACAUUUUAAAAAAGUGUGAAAAAUUUAGAAAAUUUUUCGGUAUAUAAUAAAUUUGAUAAAUUUUCUGGGAUACGUAAUAUUUAAUUAGUUUUAUUAAAUUAAAAAUUA